AUGCCUCGCUGCAUAGUAAUAGGCUGCACCUUGGGCUACAAAAGUAACCCUGACAAAAAACACUUUUUCUGUGUUCCAAAAAACAAAGAUAUGCAACAACAGUGGCAGGCUGCUAUACGUCGAAAAGACGUGCAAUUAACGCAAAAACAUUGCGUGUGCGAAAACCACUUUCACCCAAGCAAUAUUGUAUGGCAAAACAUUCUAAAAGAUGCGGAUGGAAAUAUAAUUGGCGUGGGUGCUAAAACUCAAAUUCCGCGACUGAAGCCUGGCACUGUUCCAUCAAUUUUUCCAUGGACAGAAUUUGUCAACAUUGCCGACACACAUCCGUCGGAGAGCGCAACAUUGGUCCAAGUCUUUGCUUCUACAGCAACUGCGGAGAUAGCACCGGGUAAAAACACUUCUAUCGAUAUGUCAAUCUCCAAUGAAGUUUUUGGAGCUACAACGGAGUCAAUGAAGGCAAUCGAUCAAUCAUUGGAAAUAAUGGAUACUUCUAAGAGCGAACGGAGCGAACCCGUUAUUGAUGUACCGAAUGUACUGGAUAAGACCCGUUUAACAUUGCAGUCAAUGGAGGCAAACAAAUUUUUAGAAACAAUGGAUACUUCUGAGAGCGAACCCGUUACUAAUGUACCGAGUGUGUUGGAUAAGGCCUGCCGUUUGACACUGCAGGACAUUUUACAUAAUACUAUUCGCAUGCCGAAGGCUUGGCAGAUGGCAAAUCAAAUUUUUGAUGGAGUCUACGUCAUUGGAUUUUACAUCAGCAAUUAUUAUAAAGACUUUCGAAAUACUGUCUCUCUCCAGAUUGAAAAAGAAAUAAUUUUAUCCGAGGAUAACAAGGGCAUAAGUACAAAGAUAAAUGUUAUAGGCCAUUCUGUCGCUGCAAUUGGAUUAUUCGAGGAAUCAAUUACUGAGAUUGAGCAUCUCGAAAUCUUGCUAAGUCAAGUGGAUUCUAUGAAAAUCUGUAUCGGCUCUACUACUUCGAGGCAUGAACUGCAACAAAUAGACCACCGUUACGCUUACGAAGAUAAAUUGGGUAAGUGGCGGCAUAAUAAGUGUCUGUUGUUAUUGAGCGAUAGCAAAAAAGCAUGCAAAUAUUGCAUUCGUUUGAAAAGAACAUUGGUCAAACGUAUAUUGCGAACAAAACAAUGUGAGAAAAAGAGCCAAAAUAUUCCGGAAAAUCAGCGUACUGCAAUAAAGGAAAUUUUGCAAACAAGUCGAUGCAAAAGCUUGAAAGGAAGACGAUACUCCCAAGAAUGGAUCCUCUGCAUGUUAAUACAUAUGCGUUCUCCUCGAGGCUACAGAUUCCUACGCAACCAAAGCAUAUUGCCUUUACCUGCUAUACGAACAGUUCGAAGGUAUCUUUCUAUUAUCGAUACGAAGUGUGGAUUUGAUGAGAACUUUUUCAAAUUGUUCACCAAAUUUAUGGCCGACAAAUUAGAUCUGCAGAGGCACGGAGCGCUUCUCAUCGAUGAAAUGUCCACUCGCAAAAGUAUCAGCGUAAAGAGUACUAAUCUAACGUACAAAGGUCUUGUGGAUUUUGGUAAAGAUAAUCAUGCCACAAAUCUGAAUGAAAAAGCAGACCACGGAUUAGUUAUAAUGUUUAAACCAUUCGCUGAUGUGUAUAUUCAACCAAUCGCUGUCUUUGCUUCACGCGGACCAGUCACUGGCUACGUCUUAACACAACUUGUAGUAAAAGCAAUUUCAUUGGUAGAAAAUGCUGGAGCUAAAGUUCACGCUGUUAUUACCGAUGGUGCUUCAACAAAUCGAAAUUUUUGGGAAAAUAUAGGAGUGAGCGGAAAAAAGAAGGGACUAAAAAAUUAUUUUUUACACCCCAUGGUGAAGGACAGAAAAGUUUUUGUUUUCUCUGACACUCCACAUCUUAUUAAGACCAUUCGCAACCGGCUUGCCAAUAAUUCGCAGCUGAGAUGGAUCCCAACGGAUUAUUUAUAA